GUAAACCUUAGCAUGACCAGAAAAAUAAAAUUCCUCUGAAAAGGGACAUUAGUUGUAUUCCAUUGCAGCACUUGGUGCCUCCUCCAAGAGGCUAGCUACGCCCCUUGCUGCAUUGGCUCCUUUCCUAUAAGUAGGAGAGUUUCCCACUCACAGUCUCGUCGCAGCAACACACAUUAGCUAGUGUGGAAACAGCACGCAAGCAAUUCAGUCUUCUCUCACUCCCUGCUUGCUUGCAUCACAUUCACAUUCACAUUCAAUUCAUAUAGAGCAGCAGGUAGGACAUGGAUGCAGGCGGCCUGAGCCCCGCGCGGCACGCGGCGGCGGAGCCGGUGCGGUCGCGGUGGACGCCCAAGCCGGAGCAGAUACUCAUCCUCGAGUCCAUCUUCAACAGCGGGAUGGUCAACCCGCCCAAGAACGAGACCGUCCGCAUCCGCAAGCUGCUCGAGCGCUUCGGCGCCGUCGGCGACGCCAACGUCUUCUACUGGUUCCAGAACCGCCGCUCCCGCUCCCGCCGGCGCCAGCGCCAGCUGCAGGCGGCCGCGGCAGCAGGCUCCUCGUCCUCGUCGGGCGGCGCCGGCCUCGCGCCGGCCUCAGCGGCCUCGUCAUCGACGGGGAUGUUCGCCCACGGCGCGGCGUACGGCUCGUCGUCCGAGUCCGUGUCGUGGCCGCCGCCGUCCGCGGGGAUGAUGGGGGACCUGGACAGCGGGGGCGGUGACGACCUCUUCGCCAUAUCGCGGCAGAUGGGCUAUGCGAACGGCGGUGGCUCCGGCUCGGCGGCCAUGACGUCGCAGCAGCAGCGGCAGCGGCAGCUUUACUACUCGUGCCAGCCAGCAGGGAGCAUGACGACGGUGUUCAUCAAUGGCGUGGCGACGGAGGUGGCCCGGGGCCCGAUCGACCUGCGGUCCAUGUUCGGGCAGGAUGUGAUGCUGGUCCACUCCACCGGCGGCAUCCUCCCCGUCAACGAGUAUGGAAUCCUCAUGCAGAGCCUGCAAAUGGGCGAGAGCUACUUCCUGGUGACGAGGGGCUAGCUAGCGCUACCACUGCAUGCAUGCACAUUCUUAGUAUGAUCGAGAGGCUAUAUGUAUAGAGAGGAAUUCAGGCAUGAAUAUAAUGAUAGAUACGGGCAGUUAUUAGUACUACUCUAUACAAGGAUGGGUACUGUAGCAGCAGCAGGGAUGACGACAUGCAUGAUACAGAGUUAAGCAUGCAAGAGUAGCGUAGUAUAAAUAUAUAUACGCACAUUAUUUAUUGGGAACAUAUCUGGUGCAAACCACAACUUCGUGAAAAUCCGUACAAAUCACAGCAAAAAAGUCGUCUAAAUUCACCAAAAAAAUCACACAUUUAGAUGAUAUGAUGAUAUAUAAUCUUGUAAAAUAUCUUGUCCAAACUCGACUUCGUUUGUGAGAUAUAAAAAUAACA